AUGGAGGCCCAACUAUCCCCAGACUUCUCCAUGUUGCUGCUGCGAGAACUUCUGGCGCCACCCUGUCUGGAGCCGGAGCCGCUCCCAGCGCCCCUCUCCAAGCGGGAGCCAAUGACCCCCGGAUGCGGAUGCAGGUCCACCUCGCCUGUGAAUCAGGCCUCAGUCACCACCUUGCGCUUCCUCCAGACGGGGAGGUCCUGCUGGGAGCCGAUGGCUGUGGGGACCCUGGCCAGGGACACCAAGGACAUGCCUACCUCAAACAGCCACCAGGGCCAUACCCUGGGGCCACCCAGGACCUCCCCAGCCCUGUUGGCCCUGUCGCGGAGGAGGCCCAGGAAGCAGCCAAACCCGCUCCGGGGCACCGAGAAGGUGGACCCUGGGUUUGAGGGGGUGACCCUGAAGUUUCAGAUAAAGCCGGACUCCAGCCUACAGAUUAUACCCAGUUACAGCCUGGCCUGCAGCAGCAGCACUCAGGGACCCCCUGCAGGCCCUGCCAGGGGCCCCGAGGCCGGGGCCGACCAGGGAGGCAGUGAGGCUCUUGGGCCCCGGCGCUGCGCUUCCUGUAGGACCCAGAGGACCCCGCUCUGGAGAGACGCUGAGGAUGGGACCCCGCUCUGCAAUGCCUGUGGUAUCAGGUACAAGAAAUACGGCACCCGGUGCUCCACCUGCUGGCUGGUGCCUAGGAAAAGCGUCCAGCCUAAGAGGCUAUGUGGCAGAUGCGGGAUGUCCCUGGGUUCCCACCAAGGUCCAACUCAGGCAGGGUAA